AAUGUGCACAGUAUCAUUCAAACCUUCAUUACAAUCGAUUAAGCUUAUAGCAAUAUAUAAUAAAAUAACGACAUUACAUUGUUCCACUAUCGUCACAAUAAAAAAAUAUAUAUUUUUAUAGUUUAUAAGUAAAGUAAUAUAUUCCUAAUAUCCAUUCUUGCUUAACCAAACAGUUGAAGAUCAUUUCCGUAAGGACUAACGGUAUUUCAAACACGCACAAGCGAGAGAAAGCGGAGAGGAUUUCAUUCGAGUGAAAGCCAGACGGCAGUGCGCGACGUAUCAUACGGACAACAUAACCUAACAUGUAUCUGGUAGCUAUUUCGGCGGUGAUAACUAUGGCAGGGGUUACUUAUUGGUAUGUAAACAGACGAAAACCUAUCAGGCAUAUACUCAGUGAAAUUAAAUACGCUAUAGACAUGCAAGGGGCAGGCGCGGGGGGCCUGAUAGACGACUGGGUCAGUGUUUGGAGGAACAGGAUAGUGUUGCCAGAUUGUAAAAACAAAAUAGCUGUCAUAACGGGAGGAGCUCGGGGCAUCGGCACCGAAGUUGUGAGAGGAUUCCUAAAAUCAAACAUGACUGUCAUAAUGGGUGUUAGAAAUCCAGACUCGGUUAAGAAAUUGAUUGAAACUAUGGAUAACGGACACAACAUACGAGCAUUUCCAUUGGAUUUACAAUCACUGAAAUCAGUUAAACAGUUUGCAACCAGUGUGUUGAAAGAGUUCAAGGCAAUACACAUAUUGGUGAAUAACGCUGGCAUAAUGUUUGGAGAUUAUAAAUUAACCGAGGAUGGCUUCGAAAGACAACUAGCGGUGAAUCAUUUGAGUCAUUUUUAUUUGACACAUUUAUUGUUACCAGCAUUAAAAAACGGAGGCAAAGUCAAUGAACCUGCACGAAUUGUGAAUGUAACAUCAUGUGGUCAUUUUCCCGGAAAGAUUUACUUUGAAGAUAUUAAUAUGAAAGAACAUUAUGAUACUACGGCAGCUUAUGCACAAUCCAAAUUGGCUCAGUUAAUGAUUGCAAGGUAUAUAAACAGACUGUUGGAAGAUAAAGACGUCCCUGUGAAGUGUUAUUCAGUACACCCAGGCAUAGUGGAUACAGAUCUGUUUGAGAAGACAAACUUUGCAAAAUUUCCAUGGAUUAAAAGAGCUUUCUUCAAAACACCAGAAAAGGGUGCGGUUUCUAUACACUAUGCUUGUUUUAAUGAGGAGAUUUUAUCAAAAGGUGGUCUAUAUAUUGCAAAUUGUAAGGAAGGUUUCAGCAACAGAUUCUCUAAAAAUGAGAGACAUCAAGAGAAAUUAUUCAGGCUAUCUUGUGAAAUGGUUGGAAUUGAUGCCGAGAAGUUUGGAAGAGAUUAGCUAAAUUUUUACUCAUUUCUCUACACUAUUAAGUUUUAAAAUACUCUAUUUAUUGAAUGUUUUACACUUCUACAUUCCAUUGUAGGAAUAACUUAUACAAUAAAUAAUUUAUACUCCUUCAUAAA